GAAGUUAGACCUCAUCUGCAGGAGGACUGAGCUGGAGCAAAGCACCCAGCAGGUCCUCAGCCCCAGGGGCAGGAGGGGACAGCAGGGCUGAGCUGCCAGGCAGGAGCAGGCAGAAACCUUGGGAGCAUUUCCAUGGUCUGCUCAGAGCUGUGCUUGGAGAGGACGAAGAUUUGGAGGGGAGGAAGAGUUGGAGAGGAGGAAGAGUUGGAGAGGAGGAAGAGUUGGAGAGGAGGAAGGGGUGCUCUGCACCCAACUCCACUCGGAAUCUUCCCAGUGGGUGCCGAGCCAAUCCGGCAGAGCCACAGGACAGAAAACACCUGGGACAAGGGCACAUAACCCCAUUCUGGGGUCAUUGUGGGGACAGCUGACCAGGACUGAGCUGGCAGGGCUGGGAGCAAGGCUGGAGCCACAGCUGAGCACUGGCAAAAGCAGCACCUUUUGUGGCACCUUGUGAUGUCACCCAGGUCCCCUCGCUGGUGUAAACAGUGGUGCAGGGGACAUUUCACUUCCUCCUGAGCACUCGGCUGCGCUGAGCACGGCUCUGCCUGCCAAGGAAUGACCUACCCACCCUACACCACCACAGCCUCUUCCAGCAACCCAGUCAUGACCCAGAGCAACCAGAGCUGCUCCCGUCAGGACAUCACCUUCAAGAGCAGCCUCUAUGCUACCACCUACACCCUCAUCUUCAUCCCGGGGCUGCUGGCCAACAGUGCUGCCCUGUGGGUCCUGUGCCGGUUCCUCAGCAGGAAAAGCAAAGCCGUCAUCUUCAUGAUCAACCUGGCUGUGGCCGACCUGGCCCAUGUCCUCUCACUGCCCCUGCGCAUCUACUACUACAUCAACCACACCUGGCCCUUUGGGGACGUCCUGUGCUUGCUCUGCUUCUACCUGAAGUACCUCAACAUGUAUGCCAGCAUCUGCUUCCUCACCUGCAUCAGCAUCCAGCGCUACUUCUUCCUCUACCACCCCUUCCGAGCCAAGGGCUGGAAGCGCCGCUAUGACGUGGCCAUCAGUGCCCUGGUCUGGCUCGUUGUGGGGGCCCUCUGCGUGCCCUUCCCCAUCAUGAGGAGCCACGGGCUGGGUGCCAACACCACCAGCUGCUUUGCUGACCUGCAGGUGAAGCCGAUCGACAGCAAGGUGGGCACGGUGCUGAUGACUGGCGCCGCCGAGCUCCUGGGCUUUGUGGGCCCACUUGUCAUCAUCUUAUUCUGCACGUGGAAAACAAGAGACUCCAUCCGGGGCUUCCAUGUCCCAGAGGAAAACAGUGGGGAGAGGAGGAAGGCCCUCAGGAUGGUUUCCAUGUGUGCCAUUGUGUUCUGUGUGUGUUUUGCUCCCUACCACAUCAACUUCUUUUUCUACAUGUUGGUGAAGGAGAAUGUCAUCACCGACUGCUUCCUGAGCACCAUCACGCUCUACACCCAACCCUUCUGCCUGAGCCUCGCCAGCUUUGACUGCUGUUUGGAUCCCAUCAUCUAUUUCUUCAUGACUUCUGAGUUCCAGGAACAGAUUUCCAGGCACAGCAGCAUGGCCAUCCGGAGCCGGCUCAUGAGCAAAGAGAGUGCCUCGUCGAUGAAGGAAUGACAAGAAAGCCACUUGGAAGAAAUUAAGGUAUUUCAUGUGAAAUCUGAGACUGGUCUGAGAUACUCCAUUACCAACUCUGUUGUGGAAGGUCCUGCAGGUUUGUCCAAGGGAGUUUCGUGGUGGUGGAAUCUUUUCAGUAUAUAGAAGAAAAAACCUUGUCUAAGACUGGUGUGUUGGAAUCUGGUGAGUGACCCAAUUGAUGUGACUGUCCCCCUCCCUGUGCCACCCCACCUGGCCUCACUGGAGUACAAAAUACACAGGAGGGAGUGAAAAAACUUUUACUGGGAAAUGGUGGAAAAGUCCCAGGCUUUUCUUUUAUUUUCCCAGUUGCAGGCUCUGUGAUCAAGCCAGAGACACUCCCAUAUUCAUACACUGACAUCUGCUGAAGGAUCUUCUCUGGGAAAACCACAUCAGAACCUAAAACUGGCCAGUAGCAACCAAAGGACAUUGUGGUUUGUGCAGUGGGGGCUGUGGACAGGUGAAGGUUGUUUCCAUGUGCUCCUGGGUUUGGUGCAUCUCACUGGUCACCAGUGACCUCUGCUCCCCCUUUUCACACACACCCUCUGCUCUGCUCCUCCUUUCCCUUCUCACUCAGCUCUGUUUGCUCCCUAACUGCUGACACAUCCCAGAACUUGCACCUGCAGCUGGUGCAAGACCCUCUGCAAGACAAAUUCUCCUCAAACAUCCAGAGUGGCACCUUCCCUUGCUCCAGGUGACUUUCUUCCCCUCCAAGCUGGCAAGGUGGACAUGGGCAUGUGGCUUUUGCCUUUGGACCCCUUGGGGCAGGACCAUGGUGGUCCUGGGGUCAGUGCAGGUGGGUUUGAUGGUGCUGGUGGUACCACUCAGGUUCUCACUCCCUUCUGUGUGUGGUCCAGAGGUAUCUGAGAUGAAUCUGCCACAAAAAAGCUUGGCUCAACCUAUUCAGUUGAUGCAUCUUUUAAAAAAGAGAAGAGUCCUUGCCAAGGUGAUUUCACUGAUAGAUCAGAAGUGAAGUCCAUAAACUGUUGUAAACUAUUGUGAUUUUUUUUCCACCAGGUCCUGUCGUGAUCCUAAUGUUUACAUUUUUACGUAGCUAUGCAAAGCAGUGACAAGGAAGGAUUAAUUCAUCUCUUUUUUUUAAAUUAAUUACAGCUCUUCAGCUGACUCCACCCACUGUAACUUCAAGGGUAUCUCAUGAUACCUGGGGAUAGAUUUGGCUGAACAGUCACCAAUUUAUUGCCUUUGGAAAUCAGUAUAUUUUCAAAAGAAUGUGAACAAUUUGUACAGUCUUGCAACAGUUGCUACAAAACCAGAAGAAAUACCAGAAACACUUGCUAUGCGUAUUUUAACUCCAACCAUUCAAUUCCACUGAGUUAAAAUGUUAACUCAGCCAAAUAUUUUCUCCAUAUUGUGUUUUUCUACUUCUCUAUUUUACCAAAUAAAUUAAAAAGAAAAGGGUAGUGAGGAAAGCCAAGCAUCAGGGUUUGAACAACCAUUUCCCUCUAAAAGGCAACGGCACUGAUUAAACAAAAUAAGCUGUCAUAGUUCUCCUCCCAGGUGUGAGAAGAUGAUUUUGGGCUGAGUAGGAUGCACUGGGGCCGAUGGAAAUGUUCUCUCUGAUGUCAUUGACACAAUAAAUGUUUACACACUGAAAGUCCCCUUCCAAAGAGGUGGAUGCUCACAGGCAGAGUUGACCCCACACAAUUCAAUUGUUGUCAGUUCAGCAGUCUCUCAUAAGCUACACUCUGUAAAAAGUUGUCAGAGAAGGAGAGUUCAGUUUCAGUGCUUGUUUUGAGGAUUUUUAUAGUCCUUGCUCAGCCUCCAUGUGACUGGGAGCUGUUUCCUGUCCCUUCACUUUCGUACCCGUCUCCCUUGAUCAGCUUGUGAAAACAAGCCGAGGGCACUUACGGGAACUCUGUAGCUCCUUCUGUGGGUUUUACUUCCUAAGAAUUCAUGCUCAAAAAACAAAAACAAAAACAAAAAAAUAAAGGCUGUUUUGCAAACUUCA